GUGGAAGAUUCCAGUCGGACAGAUCACAUCCGGUGUAGAUGUUCUGCCUUGUUGUUGCUCUGUAGCCUCGGUUUUGUUGCAACUUCAGUUUAACGUUAUUUCCAGCCAGCAUGUCUCGGGGGUCGAGUGCAGGGUUUGACCGCCACAUCACCAUCUUCUCCCCGGAGGGAAGACUCUACCAAGUCGAGUACGCCUUCAAAGCCAUCAACCAGGGAGGACUCACAACUGUAGCGGUCAGAGGGAACGACUGUGUUGUGGUUGUCACACAAAAGAAAGUUCCAGACAAGCUGUUGGACUCCUUGACAGUCACACAUCUGUACAAAAUUACAGAGGGCAUCGGCUGUGUUAUGACUGGCAUGACAGCUGACAGCAGGUCCCAGGUGCAGAGGGCUCGGUAUGAAGCAGCUAACUGGAUGUAUAAAUACGGCUAUGAGAUCCCUGUGGACAUGUUGUGCAAACGCAUGGCGGACAUCUCCCAGGUCUACACACAGAAUGCUGAGAUGAGGCCGCUAGGCUGCUGUAUGAUCGUGGUCGGGCUGGAUGAAGAGUUGGGUCCGCAGCUCUAUAAGUGUGAUCCAGCCGGCUACUACUGUGGCUUUAAGGCCACGGCAGCUGGAGUCAAACAGACUGAGGCCACCAGCUACCUAGAGAAGAAAGUCAAGAAGAAACUGGAUUGGACCUAUCAGCAGACCAUAGAGACGGCUAUCUCGUGUCUGGCGGGCGUUCUGUCCAUCGACUUCAAGCCCUCGGAGCUGGAGGUGGGAGUCAUCACAACAAAAGAGUCAAGAUUCAAGAUUCUGUCCGAGGCUGAGAUCGAUGUCCACCUGGUUGCUUUGUCUGAGAGAGAGUGAGGAAAGCUCUGAAAAGGAUGAACGACAACACACAACCCCCCCCCCCCUACACAC